CUGACCGAAAACAUGGGGACAGUUGUAAAAUGCGAUUUAUUUGUAGAAUUUAUUUAGCAUUUAUUGAUUUUAAUGAAUUAAUGUGAAUGAUAACAACUUCAACUUUUAUUAAUAGUGGGGUUUGUUAAAUAACAAUUUUCAGAAUAACAUCCUCUAUUUGGGUAAAGUUGAGACUGCAGUUGACUGGGGAUUUUCAAGGUUUAAAUGUAUAGAUGAAGUCUCUUAUCACAUAUAACAUACUAUUUUUGUUUUUACAGAAGCAUGGAGUAAUCAGCUCAAUGACAGAGAGCCAAUUGUGGAAGCUGUGAAUCUGAUGCAGAAGACAGCGUUCUGCAAAAUGGUCAAGUUGUUUGACAUUGCUUACCAUAUUGCUAAACACGAGAAACCAUUUGCUUACUAUCCAUCUCUUGUCAAACUGGAGAAGCGGCAUGGAGUUGAUUUGGAAGAUGCCUACAUUAACCCCAAACAAGCAAGGGUUUUUACCCAGUACCUCGCAGAACAAAUACAUCUUGAGGUUAGCAAGCAAGUACUCUCUUCCAGAUAUAUCAGUGUCCUUGUUGAUGGGAGCACAGACAGGUCAACAACUGAGAAGGAGGUCCUUUAUGUGAAAUACCUGCAUAAAGAUGGUGUCCCUCGCAUGGCAUUUGUGGGAACUGAGGACAUUGAGAGUGCCACAGCUGACGGCAUCCUGCAUUGCAUCCGGUCACUGUUAUUCUCCAAGGGCAUCCCUAACUGGACCGAUCAUCUUGUUGGUUUCGGAGCAUAUGGAGCCAGCGUUAACUUUGGAUGCAGGCAGGGCAUCUACACAAAGCUAAAAAUGGACAUGCCAUGGCUAAUAGGCAUUCAUUGUUUAACUCAUCGUUUGGAGCUAGCCUGUAAGAAUGCCUUCCAGGGAACAUAUUUCAAUCAAGAGAUUGAUGGGUUCCUAUCUUUCUAUACAUCCUUCUAUCGAGGGUCAGGGAAAAGAAGACGGGAGCUGGACCGGCUGGCUGAACUGCUCGACGAGUCUGUCCUGACACCCACUAGGGUAGAUGGGACCAGAUGGGUUGAUCACCGCAGAAGAGCCCUUAAAGCACUCGAGACCAACAUCCCUGCAGUCAUCGCUCAUCUAAGUGAGGUGGGAAGUGAUCAGCGGUAAGAUAUAAAGAAAGCAGAUGCUGCAAGAGUGAGAGGAUGGCUCAAGAAGGUUAAGUCCAAUGAAUUCCUCCUCCAUAUAGGUCUUUACAUGGAUGUUUUGGAUGAGUUGUCCCAUCUAUCUCUCCAGUUCCAGAAAGACAGCAUCUCUCUCCCCACAGCUGUGGAGGCUAUUGAGACUUCCAAAGAAGUGCUGAAAGACAUGGCGAAAGGUGAUGGCCCAAAGCUUAGAGCAGUGAAGGUGGAGUGUAGGUGUGGUAGUUACAGAGGUGUAGCGCUUUCUGACACUUAUGCAGAUGCUGAAGAAAGAUUGAAGAGUUCCAGAGAGCCGCUCAUCCAUGACAUUGUGGCCUGCCUGGAUGAAAGGUAUCAAACAGACACAAUUCUCAUGGCCAUGUGUAAACUGGACCCUAAGCACUGGCCUGAAGAUCUGACUGAGUAUGGUAAUGAUGGAUUACCAAUAAUGGAUGUGUCGAAUCUGCUGUGAAAAAAUGGUUCCGCAGUGGGAAGAAAGCAAGGCGGCCCCAUAUAAAACCCUAUGGGAAAAGGCAGCAGGUCAGACCAGCAACUUCUCCAAUGGCUGACAGUGACACAGAUAACGACAAUGAUGAACUGGUGCUAUUUGACAAAUAAGCCACUCAUUUAUGUAUACGUACAUAUUUAUAAUUUUUCUCCACUGUACAUAUAACCUAAUAUGUACUUUUUAAUUAUCUGAAAUGACAUUUUCCCCUCAGCACUGCUGAGCGUUUUGUUUGUAGAUUCAAUUUAAUUAAUCCACGUAUAGCCCUUUUAUUGUGUUUUGUUGUUGUUCUUUGUUUAGUCUGUCCUAUCUGUAUUUCCUGUACUAGGUAGGAA